UCUCUUCUCAUUUCAAGAAUCCUCUCUUAACCCCCUUACACCCUGCUCUUUUGAUCGUUCUUGAGGGCUCCAAAACAAUGGAUUUUAAAUACGAUGAUCCUAUUGAGAUAUGCAAGAAGGAAGAAGGGUUCUCAGGCAUUUAUUACAAAGCAAAAUAUCUGGCUGCGAUGGGAAGUAACAAGUACUUGGUACGUUACGAUACUCGGUUAACCGAGGACGGAUAUAGCCCUAUCGUCGAAGCUGUUGACGCAGAUGAAAUAAGGCCUUUGCCCCCGAAAAGUGCUCAUAAUAUCGUCGUGUCCGACAAGGUUGACGCCUAUGUCAACCUUGCUUGGAGGGUUGGGACUGUUAUAAGAAAAGUUGAUUCUAACUACCAUGUGAAGUUGGAUUGUGAUGGGAAGGAAGCGCACUGUGCUUUCUAUAAUGUUAGACUUCAUCAUGAAUGGCGCGACGGGAGUUGGUUCGAUCCUGAAAGUGGGUCUCAAAGUAGCCAAGCAAGCACAUCAGCGCAAGGAGGUCAGCCAGCAACUGAAGGCAGCAUAGCAGACACAGGAGAUCAGGGGACGCAGCCUAAAAAUGAGGGUGACUAACCAAAUCCAGGACAAGGAAGAGGCUAGUCUACAGCUCUAGAUGCUGCCACAGAACAUCUAUCAUUUUUCUUUCUUUUUCUUUUAUAGGCUGAUAGUAGAACAAAGUGCAUAGAAACAUUGCUGAUGAUCCUUGUUUUGCAGCUUCAUGGCACAAAAUGGGCAAAUUUUCGGUACCUUGGAAAUUGGUUUACAAUAGCAUUUGACAGUAAGUAAUUAGCUAGUGCCAUGUGCAACCAUUCUAAGUUUGAUUUUAUGGCAAUUACUAAUUACUUUCAGAUGACUCUUAACAUGAACCGUAUAUACUUCUUCGUUGCUGGUUCA